UACCAGUACGUAUGCCUGACGCGCAGCAGCGAUCGGUCAGUCAUCAGUGAGCGUUCAAACGUGUCGGUCGCAGUUCUCCGUAGUGAAGGAAAUUCGUGUUAAAGAAAAACAAAAGUCCUAAAAAAGACAAAGAGUGCAAGAUGGAACCUAGAAUCGGACUCUACGAUUGGAGCCUGCUGCGGAGUAUCAUCGUGGAUCAGAUGCGGGAGGAAAAGUGGACCAUCUACGUCGGCAAUCUGUCGAAGCGGAUGACCUGGCUCGGGAUUGUGAAGAUGUUUAGCAAGUUCGGGCUGGUGACAAAGUGUGUGUAUCCGGUGAAGCAGCGUGGAGGGUUUAUGGGAUUCGCCCUGAUCUCGUACCGCGAUCAGGCGGGUGCGUACCGGGCGGUGGUAUCGUGCAAUGGCCGCGUUCACAACGGGUAUCGUUUGUGUGUGGCUGCCUCGUUCGCGAUUGCGCGCCCGCUCCCUUGGGCGUGCGAACUGUACGUCACCAACUUUAGCCUGUUCGUGGACGAAGUUGUGCUGGGGCGCGUGUUCGGGAGGAUGGGUGCGACCGGUCUGAAGAUCCGUUGGAGCGCGUACGGGUAUCGGUACGCUACCAUCAUGUUCGAUACGCCAGGCGUUACGCGCCGGGUGCUGGAAGAGUUGAACGGUGUCGAGUUCGGCGACGGGUACAGGCUGAGGCUGACCUAUACCAGUGACGCGGGCAACUGUGCACCGGUGUCGCCCGGACAGUUCCGGCGGGAGCAGCUCAUGCGCCGGGACGGUGGCUUUGUGCGCAUCGUGAACCUGCCCGAAACGGUGGACGAAUGGCAGCUGUCCGCGAUGUUCGAAGGGUUCGGGCCCAUCGCGUACGUGCUGAUACUGCGUGCGUUCGAACAAUCCACCGGAUGCGGCAUAAUCCGGUACGCCGAGGUGCAGUGUGCGUGCGAAGCGGUGAGCGUUAUGGACGGUACCAGGCGGAAUGGCAAGCGGAUCCGGGUGAAACAGCUCACCGAAGACAAGUUUGGCGGCCAUUGGGCUAUUCCGAUAGAUGCGAAGCCGCGCACCGACAGUGACAGUGACUGCAGCUCGGAAGAUUCACCCGUGGAAGAUAUGCCGGACGAUGGCUUUGAUGAACCGCUGACCAACGUGGUGCGUGACAUUGAUUCCAGCCUCCAGCAGCUGACCGUGCAAGACAUUCCGACCUUCGCGCCGAAACCGAAGCUGGUCGUAUCUGUGGACAACGGUAAAACGCUCCGCCCAUCGGAAUGGGAGAUCUCGAAGGUACGCCAUAUUUCCGAUUAUUGUUAUAUACCCACACCGCAAUAUGUGAAUCGCCAACCCGGACGUACAGGCUUGGAAGAACUGUGCAAUUCAAGAUGGCAAGGUAUCAGAGAAUUUAUUGUCUCCUUGAUGCAUAUACCUUACAUAACAAUGGACAACUGUGUACUGCCCGGACUACAGUUAGCAAGCUCGACGAUGGCUCCUCACCAGCCUUUUGCUUCAAGCAUCUAUGUUCAGUCCGCAGGACAGUCAGCAAGCUCGACGCAGGCUUCCCGUCAGCCUUAUGCUUCAUCAAGCGGCUAUGUCCCGCCCGCAGAACAGCCAGCAAGCUCGACGCAGGCUUCCCGUCAGCCUUAUGCUUCAUCAAGCGGCUAUGUCCCGCCCGCAGAACAGCCAGCAAGCUCGACGCAGGCUUCCCGUCAGCCUUUUGCUUCAUCAAGCGGCUAUGUCCAGUCUGCAGGACAGUCAGCAAGCUCGACGAAGGCUUCCCGUCAGCCUUUUGCUUCAUCAAGCAGCUAUGUCCAGUCUGCAGGACAGUCAGCAAGCUCGACGAAGGCUUCCCGUCAGCCUUAUGCUUCAUCAAGCGGGUAUGUCCAGUCUACAGGACAGUCAGCAAGCUCGACGAAGGCUUCCCGUCAGCCUUAUGCUUCAUCAAGCAGCUAUGUCCAGUCUGCAGGACAGUCAGCAAGCUCGACGAAGGCUACUCAUCAGCCUAUUGCUUCAUCAAGCGGCUAUGUCCAGUCUGCAGGACAGCCAGCAAGCUCGACGCAGGCUUCCCGUCAGCCUUAUGCUUCAUCAAGCGGCUAUGUCCCGCCCGCAGAACAGCCAGCAAGCUCGACGAAGGCUACUCAUCAGCCUAUUGCUUCAUCAAGCAGCUAUGAUCUGCCCGCAGCGUUCAUGUCGAUGGCUCCCAGUCAGCCUUUUGCUUCAUCAAGCAUCUAUGUACUGCCCGCAGUACAGCCAACAAACUGGACGUUGGCUCCCCGUCAGCCUUGUGCUUCAUCAAGCAGCUAUGUACUGCCGGAAGUACUGUCAACAAUCUGGACGAUGGCUCCCAGUCAGCCGGCAGUUGAGUCAGCAAACUCGUGGAUGGCUCCUCAUCAGCCUUUUGCAUCAUCAAGCGGCUAUGUACUGCCCACAGUACAGUCAGCAAUCUGGACGAUGGCUCCCAGUCAGCCUUUUGCUUCAUCAAGCAUCUUUGUCCAGUCUGCAGGACAGUCAGCAAUCUCGACGAUGGCUCCUCAUCAGCCUUUUGCUUCAUCAAGCAUCUAUGUCCAGUCUGCAGGACAGGCAGCAAUCUCGACGAUGGCUUCUCAUCAGCCUUAUGCUUCAUCAAGCAUCUAUGUCCAGUCUGCAGGAGAGUCAGCAAUCUCGACGAUGGCUCCUCAUCAGCCUUAUGCUUCAUCAAGCAUCUAUGUCCAGUCUGCAGGACAGUCAGCAAUCUCGACGAUGGCUCCUCAUCAGCCUUAUGCUUCAUCAAGCAUCUAUGUCCAGUCUGCAGGACAGUCAGCAAUCUCGACGAUGGCUUCUCAUCAGCCUAUUGCUUCAUCAAGCAGCUAUGUUCUGCCCGCAGCGUUCAUGUCGAUGGCUCCCCGUCAGCCUUUUGCUUCAUCAAGCAUCUAUGUCCAGUCUGCAGGACAGUCAGCAAUCUCGACGAUGGCUCCUCAUCAGCCUUAUGCUUCAUCAAGCAUCUAUGUCCAGUCUGUAGAACAGUCAGCAAUCUCGACGAUGGCUUCUCAUCAGCCUAUUGCUUCAUCACGCGGCUAUGAUCUGCCUGCAGCGUUCAUGUCGAUGGCUCCUCGUCAGCCUUUUGCUUCAUCACGCGGCUACGACCCGCCCGCAGUACAGCCAGCAAACUACUCGUCGAUGGCUCCUCGUCAGCCUUUUGCUUCAUCACGCGGCUACGACCCGCCCGCAGUACAGCCAGCAAACUACUCGUCGAUGGCUCCUCGUCAGCCUUUUGCUUCAUCACGCGGCUACGACCCGCCCGCAGUACAGCCAGCAAACUACUCGUCGAUGGCUCCUCGUCAGCCUUUUGCUUCAUCACGCGGCUACGACCCGCCCGCAGUACAGCCAGCAAACUACUCGUCGAUGGCUCCUCGUCAGCCUUUUGCUUCAUCACGCGGCUACGACCCGCCCGCAGUACAGCCAGCAAACUACUCGUCGAUGGCUCCUCGUCAGCCUUUUGCUUCAUCACGCGGCUACGACCCGCCCGCAGUACAGCCAGCAAACUACUCGUCGAUGGCUCCUCGUCAGCCUUUUGCUUCAUCACGCGGCUACGACCCGCCCGCAGUACAGCCAGCAAACUACUCGUCGAUGGCUCCCCGUCAGCCUUUUGCUUCAUCAAACUACAAGGGCUUUGGAGAUGGUAAACGAUAUAAUUGAAUGAAAAAUUUUGCUUACAUGAAACGAAUAUAUUUUGUAGGGUAAGUUGGGCGUUGGUGGGAGCAUUCAAGUAUUAAAUGACAAUUCUUAUACACUUUUUUUUUAAACAAGUCUAGCUUCUUCGGAAAUCUUUGUGCUUUACAGUCAUAACAAAAUCGGGAAUGAUGUCUUCAAUUUCGGUCAGCACACGAUUCAAAAGUCGGUGAAAAGUGGGAGGAAAAACAAAUCUAAAUUUGAGAGACUUGUCGGCAGUUUUACGCAAACAAAACAUAUAUACAUUUUAGGAUAAGCGAUUGGUGGUGGGAAUAUUUAGCAUUAAGUGGGAUAUUAUAUUUACCAAGAUAUAUUUUAUAGAAACAUACACACACACACACACAAACACGCUUUAUAUAAACUCAAUAAAUAAGAAGGCACUCAGUGACAAAAAAA